CCCGCCUCCUCCGGCGGCGGGUGGCGGCGCCGCAGCGAGGCGGCCAUUUUGUGGCGCUGCGCGGUCGGUGGCGCUGGGCUCGGCGCGCAGCGGGGUCCGGGGGCGGUUUCGCUCCGCUCUCACCCUUUGUCCCGUGCAGAGCCCUCGGUUUUUCUUGACUUCUUGUGCCUCCUGUAGGAAAAGACUGUUUUCAGGUUGACUUCUUCAAAGAAUCAGAAGUCCAGGUCCAGUUGCUGCUGCAGUUGUACAGCAGUGUUUGGAAUGUACGUGGCCAAAUAAGUAACGUGUUUCUUCUUGGUUUGUGGUUUCAGCACAGCAUGGCUGUGGUCAUCCACUUGCAAGGUCUUCGAUUGUGGUGGGGACCAUGGACUUCUCUGGAUUGACCAUCCCUGAUGGGGGCAUGCAUAUUGUAGGGGGUAAACUGGGGGAAUAAAAUCAGCAGUGUUGAUUUUACAAAAUGACAAAACAUCCUCCGAAUAGAAGAGGGAUCAACUUUGAGGUGGGAGCCCAGUUGGAAGCCCGUGACAGAUUAAAAAACUGGUAUCCAGCUCAUAUUGAAGAAAUUGAUUAUGAAGAAGGAAAAGUGCUUAUCCAUUUCAAACGCUGGAACCAUAGAUAUGAUGAAUGGUUUUGUUGGGACAGUCCUUAUUUGCGUCCCUUAGAGAAAAUACAGUUAAGAAAAGAAGGAUUACAUGAGGAAGAAGGGUGUGCAGGUUUUCAUAUAAAUGAUCAGGUGUUGGCAUGCUGGUCUGACUGUCGCUUCUAUCCAGCCAAAGUUACUUCAGUUAACAAAGAUGGUACAUACACUGUGAAAUUUUAUGAUGGUGUAGUUCAGACCGUCAAAAACAUUCAUGUCAAAGCUUUUUCCAAAGAUCAGAAUAUUGUGGGUAAUGCUAAGCCUAAAGAAAGAGGUAAUGAAAUUCCGUCAUCUCCUGAAAAGCGGGAGAAAUUUAAAGAACAGAGGAAAGCAACAGGUAAUGCAAAGAAAGACAAGAAUGAAAAGACUUUAAAGACUGAGAAAAGGGUUAAGCAAUCUGAUAAAGAAGGAAAACUGAUAGUCAUCUCAGAAAAAGGCAAGGUCUCAGAGAAGAAUAUAUCUAAGAAUGGAAAAGAAGAUAAAGAGAAUAUAUCAGAGAAUGAUAUGGAAUAUUCAGUAGAUACACAAAUUGAGAAGAAGCCUGAGAAUGACAAUGUAAAGAGUCCCCAGGAAAACGUGAAAGAAACUAAACGAAAACGUGGAAGACCACCAAUAACACCUCCAACAGAGCCAAGUUCUCAGACACUGCAGCCAAUAACUUUGGAAUUAAGACGUCGGAAAAUACCUAAAGGAGGUGAAGUUCCUUCAAAGCGUCCUAGGGUUGAAAGAAACUUGCCUCAGGAAAAAUUGAAGAACUCUUCAGAUAACCAUGAAAAAGACCAGAUCAGGAGGCGGUCUUCAAGACUCUCAUCUAGUGUUAGCCAUGAGAUUUUAAAUACAGAUCACAUCACAACUUCAACAGAAAUUCAGCCUUUGAAAGAUGCAAUAUCUAACCCAAAGGAGCCUGAGAAGGUCCAGUUAGAUGUUCCCGUUGAAUCUGACCAAAGUUUCAGUGAACAAGCAUCUCCUGGAAACACAUCGCAUAGCACGGUACUCAGUACGGAUGCCAGUUUGCAAGAAGAAAAAGUUGAAGACACUGAGUCUUCCUCUGCUGCUGUCAGAACUCAAGAACCUUCUGCUACAGUAACAAAACCUUUUAGGAGAGCAGAUUUUCUUGCACCAAAAAAUGCAACUGUUGAUCAAGAUCACAAGUUUAAAUGCAAGUUUGUGGACUGUUCAAAAUCCUUCCGCAAAGCGAAGUUAUUGCAUUAUCAUAUGAAAUACUUUCAUGGAGUGGAGAAAGCAGCAGAAUCACAGCAGAACCCGGUAAAAAGACAUAUUCAAACCAGAGCUUCUUUGGCUUCUGAAAAAACUAAUCAAGAAAGGUCAAAAAGAGGACGGACCUCAACUGGUUCAUUGUAUGCUCCUCUACGCAUAGCCCUAAGGAGUACCCCAUAUAGAGAUGAAAAAAUAGAGAAGAGAAGAACAUCAACUGCUGUAAAUGCAUUAAAUAGUCACCGACAUUCUGUUAGAGAACAAACCAAGGAGAACCACAUAGCGAGAUCACUCCGGAAGCCUCCAGAAAAAAAAAGAGUUGAAAAUGCUGUUAAAGAAUAUGAGAAGAACAAAGAAAGAAAAUCCAAAGACUAUGGAAGGUCCAAGGCAAAGAAAAAGAAAAAAAAGAAAAAGAGAGCUAAGCCUGAGUACUCUGGCAGUGAAGAAAACACAGAUAUUUCGCAGGAACUUUCUCCUGAAAAAUCAGUUGUCACAAAAUGUAUUUCUUCAAAUAAAUCAACUGCCCACACAAGCACAGAGCUGCAGUGCUCUGAGUCUGGACAGCACAGAGGAAAAUCAAAAACAAAUGAGGAAGACACUAUGAGUGAGUCAUCUAUGGAUAGCUUGCUUUGGAGUGAUGAUGACUGCAGUCAGGAUGUUGAUGUAACCACAAAUCCUGAUGAAGAAGCUGAAGAAGGUGAUUUUGAGAUUGUUCGGUGUAUUUGCGAAGUAAAAGACGAAAAUGACUUCAUGAUUCAGUGUGAAGAGUGUCUGUGCUGGCAGCAUGGAGUCUGUAUGGGUUUACUGGAAGAUAAUGUACCUGAGAAAUAUACCUGCUAUAUUUGCCAAGAUCCUCCAGGUCAGAGGUCCAGCUUAAAGUACUGGUAUGAGAAGGAGUGGUUAAGUAAUGGUCACAUGCAUGGCUUAGCAUUUUUGGAAGAAAAUUAUUCCCACCAGAACGCCAAGAAGAUAGUAGCCACUCACCAGCUUCUUGGCGAUGUACAGAGAGUGAUAGAAGUACUGCAUGGACUGCAGCUGAAGAUGAGCAUAUUAAAAAAUAAAGAACAUCCGGACCUAAAGCUUUGGUGUCAUCCGUGGAAACACAUUACGGUGGAUGAAAAAAUCCAUACGAAACACAUCAUUCACAUUGAGGAAAACUGUUGCAAAGAGGAGACGGCAAGUUAUAGAACUUGGAAUGGGACAGUUGAGAAACCCUCAGCCAUUCCUUCUGUGGAGGAAUCUUAUAUUACAAGUGAACACUGUUACCAGAAACCUCGGGCCUACUACCCUGCGAUAGAGCAGAGGUUGGUUGUAGAAACAAGAGGUUCGGCCAUGGAUGACGGAGUAAAUAGAAUAAGAGAAAAUGGGGAUGAUGUCCUGUCAGAGAGAUUUGGUUGGAAUCUGGACCGAGAAAUAUGCAGGAUGGAAAAUGAAUCCAAACACAAUUAUUCCAAGGUAAAAGACUCUGUAUCUAAGAAAGUCUCUCCAGAGGAAGCUAUUGAAAUGAAAUUACUGGAAAAGGACAAAGAGGGAGUUGUGAACUCACAGCUGCAGUGGCAGCUUAAUCUUUUAGCUCAUGUGGAAUCUCUGCAAGAUGAAGUCAUACACAGAAUGGAUUUCAUUGAGAAGGAACUAGAUGUUUUGGAGAGUUGGCUGGAUUAUACAGGAGAGCUGGAGCCACCGGAACCGCUAGCUCGACUCCCACAACUCAAACAUUGUAUAAAGCAGCUUAUAACGGACCUAGGCAAAGUGCAACAGAUUGCACUUUGCUGCUCAUCAUGAGACUAGAAAGUAUUGGAGACUGUUAUUGAGUGAAGGUGGAGCAUCUGAUGUGAACAGCUCUGUGUAUUUAAAUGAAAUUAGCAUGCUGGUUGCAUGUGAUGCAGAUUGACUUCAGGGAUUUGUGAAGAACUGCUGUUCAAAGAACAGCAAAAAAGGUUACUUUUAUCUCAUAAUUUUGGGUUUAUUAGGCAAUUAUAACAAUAUGGAAGAGGUUAAUACUGUUGUCUUCAAAGGUUGUGUGUUUGUUGAUAAAUUAUACUCAAAUUUUCACUCCUUACAACUUGUUCAUUGAAACGGUAGACUUUUUUCAUAAUUAAAUUGACUAAAAAUUGUGCCACUGAAGAACAGAGUUCUAAGAGCCAAAAAUGUUUAGUUGACAGAGGUUGUAAAUAACUUUGCAUAGUUUAAGUGACUUGUGUCAUGUUUUAUUCCUUCUGGUUUAUGCAUAGUAGCACACAGUAUUUAAUCACUAGGAAAUGUUAUAACAGUUUUCAGACUUAGUAAGUAUGAAUGUCCUGCUCUUAACUAUAAAUUGUUACGUGGAAGUUUGCAAGUAACAGUGGCCUAACUCUCCCCUUCUAUUAUGUUAAAUAAUGUAGCAGAAGGUCACAGGUGGAUUGCACUUACUUUCAGAAUAAAUGAUUGUUUUCCAUAUUUAUCCUGUCACUCUCACGUGACUUGGUACUGGGGAAACCCCUUAAUGUUGUGUGUUUGUGCAUUCUUGAACUCUUCAACGUGGCCAUACCGUGCCUCCCGAGCUAAUGCUAGCAGGACACCCACACCCUUGUGGCAGUAUAAGAUACUGCUGUGAAAAGACUGGGGAUGUGCUUGGAGUUCCAGACUUGAGCAAGGUCUGUAAUGGACAUUAUGUAGUUUUCUACCCAUUUGUUAAUAAUUGCCAUUCCGGUUAUAUUUUGAAAUGUAGAUUUUUUCAAUACUCUGAACGUGUUCAUUGUAAAGACUUACUAUGAAUGUGUGGUUUUGGGAAUCAGUUUAUUUUAUAUUUGUGUAAAUAAAGCCUCAAGAUCUAUGCAUGAGGUACUGUCCUCACAGACAGUGAGUGGGUUAUUAUGUUAACAGUGUAUGUUCACAAAGUCCCUUUUUCUACCUUACGUUUUAAUUUUCUGGUUUGUAUUAUUUUGUCAGAGCAAGGUGAAAAUGCUGCUUAAGUUCAAGUUAUAUUAUACAGUACUUUUUGAAACAUUGAUGUGUUGUAAGUAUUUGAAAUGUUAAGAGCCUUUCAACUGCAGAUCAUAGCUCCAUAAAUAAUGGCUGCGACUUCAGUUUUCCUUCCCUAACGUUGCCGAAUUAAGUUCACUGUUGAAAAUGGUAAGCUGUUUUUGCUUUGAGAGGGUGUCUUGAAAAAUCUGGAUUUAUCUUGAUUUUUGUGUGUGAUGGUACCACCAAAGGGUAAAAUCAAAGAACAGUUGUCAUUGGAAGGCCCGUAACUAUACAAUUUAUUAAUCUUUGAUAUGAGCCUGUAACGUUUGUAUACUGCAAAGAAUAAUGACUAACUAUGUAAAUUCCUACAAUAAUAUUGGAAAUUUUAAGUUAACAGUAUCUACACAGUGAAUAUUUUAAUCAGUUCCUUCAGAAAACAAUAAUUAGGCUUCUCUAGUAGUAACUAAGGCUUUUGUGCCAGGAGUCAUUUCAGGGAAUAAUUUGUCUCACAGUUUUGUAGUUGGUAUAUAGUGAAUACAACAUAUGUACAGCAGAAAAAUAAAUUUAUUUUUCUGUAACACAGUUGGAAUAAAGCUUACAUGAUAUUUAAGUAGCACUUCGAUCUCUGAAGAUGAUACCAAUGUUAUACUCUCUCUCCUGUUAAUGACACCUCAAUUUAUAAAUACUGUGUGUAGCUUUAGACCAGGCAACAUUAACCAAACAACCAGAACAGCAUUGGAGGAGGACUCCAAACAACUGUGAAGGUUUGGUGUUUUUUUUUCAGGUUAGAAUGACCAGAAAGGUGUUCCCUGGUUGAAAUUCAAAGCAAGCGCUUCCACCAGGAGUCUGAGAAGAACAUAGCUGCUACUGAGCCAGCUGUGCUUGCAGUUUGAGGGUGUGAAGACAAGUCAGUUCCUGAGCAGACACUUCUCCAGAGUGGAACUUCUUUCCGAGCAAUUGCUUUUUGUGUGAUCAUUGUAGGUUUUUACUUCUGCUGUGGUGUGUGUUUUUUUUUUUUUUUUUUUUGCUCAGGGCAAUACUUAAGGUUUGGAAGAAGAGACAGUUCUGAUGGUUGAGUGAAAUGACAAAUACUGGAGACUUGUUUUCCUUAGUAGAGCUAGAGAAUAAGUUCUUGCAGGUAAAGACUGAAAAUAUUUAUUUAAAAUAGACUAGCAUUUUUCAUGUUCAGGAAAGAUUCUUUAAUGUACUUUGCCUGGAUUCAUUUUUGUCCAUGUUUUUGCAAGUUUCCACAUUGUUAUUUCUUAGUCUGGACCAACUGUUUGGUCUGGCAAGUCACUUUUUUAUAUUUCUUUAAAUCACUGGUAAGUGAAUGCAACGUGGAGCCUUGAUGAAAUGAGCAAACAUUGCACUGUGGAUACAUAAGUAUAUUUGUCUUUGUUAAUGCACUAUUAGAACUGAGGGCGCUGUAUAUAAAAUUUUGCUUUGGAGCAAUAUUUGCAAAACUUGAAAACUGUACCUUGGUGUUUGGAAUAAAUAAAUAGGUUUUUGUUGGUUAAGUCUUA